AUGGAGCGUCAAUUCCCCUCUCUGUUAAAGGAUUCAGAAAUAGCAGAACGCAUCGCUAAACAGCAAUCUCCUAACAUUGAUCUAAUCACAUCAAACUCACAAUGCAUACCCACAUACCAUACACUAAUUGAGCAAAAUCUAUCAAGUCCAAUUCAAUCGGAUUUGAAAUCGUUCGUACGACCUAUCAGUCGUUUUGAUCAAACGAAAAUGAUGAUUAAUGAUUUUAAGAUUGGCUCUACUAUUGGAUCUGGCCAAUUUGGUAAAGUAUUUAAAGCAUUAGAUCAAUCAAACCUAAAGAAGAAACGUGUUGUAGCAUUAAAAAGAAUUAAUAAAUUAAAGCCUAAAUAUUCGAUGAAUCAAUUGAUGAGACAAAUUUCAUAUUGGAAACAGUUUAAUAUUGAAACAGAUGAUUUAGACGUUGAUUUAAUUACAAUGACUAUGAAUGUAGAUCGUUGUCAGUGGGAGAUAUAUCUGAUGAAAACGGUGACUUUUGCUAAUAAUGGUAGUUCGAAUAUUGUAAAAUUUAUUCAAUGUAUGGACUCCGUAAAGAGUAAAGAUAUCUGGAUUGCAUCAGAAUGGUGUAACUUGGGAGAGUUGGAAUGGAAACGUUCUACCAAGGACAGUAUGUUGAAUCAAUGGCAAUUUGUAUUAGAUGAAGAUAGUGAUUCCGUAAUGGAUUUUGCAAUUAAGGCUAUUGAUGAUUUAAGUAAAGGGUUGAGAUUUUUAAAUAAAGUAGGUUGUAUUCAUCGAGAUAUUAAACCUUCUAACAUUUUAGUGGAUGGAAUUCAAAAGAAAUUAAAAAUAUCUGACUUUGGUUGUGGUUUAUUGAUACCUGAAAGUUUACCAUUUAAAUAUGAUUCUUUAGAGAAAAUUAAAUUAAAACAAUUGGAGAUUAUCAACGAAUGUUUCGAAAAGGAAUUGAACAAAAUCAUUGGAACGCCUGCUUUUGUUCCUCCUGAGCUUUGUAAAUUCACGACAGAUGGAACUACAGACGAUAUCAUCGACAAUCAUACCAAAGUUGUUAAGGAUGGCUUUAAACUUGAUAUUUGGUCUCUGGGAGUCACUCUAUUUUGUGUUAUCUAUAACGAAUUACCAUUUAGUGGAGAGAAUGAAUUUGAUACAUAUCAUUUAAUUAACUCUCAAAAAAUGUCAACUGAUAAAAGGGAUGACAGUUGGCUCAGUAGACUGGUAAUAAAUGGAAUGUUAGAGAAAAAUCCCAAUAGGAGAGUUGAUGUUAAUGAUGUAAGAGAUUUGAUACAUAAAAAUAAAAUAAAAAAAUCUCCAUCUAUGAAUAAACUUGGUGAUAAUGCUAAGAAUUCAUUGAAAAAAUUUUGGAAAAAAAUAUCAAAAUCAAAAUCAAAGAGAAGUUUAUCAUUAGAUAAAAGCAACGUCGUCGACGAUUCGAAUUUGUCAAGAAUUACUUCAAAUACAUCCUUUUCUUCUGGGUUUGAUGUAUCGGAUGAACCCAUAAAUAUAACUGAUUUUAUUGACUCUUUGACAACUAAAUUACCUGCAUCUUCUGAUGAUAAUGAUGAACUCAAUCGCAUAAAUUUAGAUGCUCAUGACACCGGGGAAAAUGAAGUGACAACUCGUCGAUCUUCUUUUUCUACUACUACUUCUCAAUCCACCCCAUCGUUGGAUAUACCAACUCCAAUCAAGAAUAUGAUCAAAAUAAAAGCUUCUCCAGAAAAGGCAAGUAUAGGUAAUUCUCAAGUCCCCACAGGAACAGAUCUUCGUACUGGAAAAAAUAUGUCAAACAACUCAGCAAUUAAAAUGAAAUUCUCUAAAAACAUAAUUAAUUUUAAGAAUUAUAUUCAAAAUGAUCAAGACGUCGGGAGUAGUGAUACAAUCGAUCAGAUAAAGGACUACUUGAAUUAUAAAGGUGAUUUUACAUAA